GAUGAUUUCAACGCCACAGUAUCUCCGAACCCAUUCUUUUCUCUGUUCCUUUCCGCAGCAUUUUCAAAUAGUAAAAAUGAAAUACUACUCGAGAUAGAGAUUUUGUCAGUGAAUUCACUCUCGUCUAUCUCUCCAAUAACAACAUCUUUCUGAGCCUGCGGUUCUCUCAUACCAAAGGUAUAAAUUAUGUCACGUAAUUGACGUAAAGUGUAUACAUGAGAGGCAAUGGCUGCCAACGUGGUAGAGGAUGUACGUGAAAAUUUAGAAUUACAACUUUCAGAGGUUGAGAUGCUUCGAUCUAUGUAUCCUGAAGAGAACGAACUUAAAAUAGACGACCAAGUGCUCAUAGAUAUUCAAGAAUUUUGUUCUAGGAGAACAAAUAAGACACCAAAUGGUCUGAACUUUUUGUUGACCGUAACUGUAGACUGUGAUUCAGAAAGGUAUUUGAUCGAAUUAUCUUGCUAUUUUCCUCAAGAAUACCCUGAUGAAAAACCGGAGAUUUUUGCCAGAUCUCAGACCCUGAACCGAGAAAUACAGAAAGAGUUGAACGAUGACUUGAAUGUGCACAUAUCAACGCUUGAUCGCGGAGAACUUUGCACGUUGCCAACCAUACAAUGGGUCAAAGACAAUGGAGAAUUAUACAUUGCAAAAAAUAAAGAUUUACGAUCAUUUCCUCUCACAGAAAAAAAUGAAGACACGAGCAGGUGUAAGAGUAAAAAGGACACAUCAUUCUUGAGAAUGUGGUUGUACAUGCAUCACAUUUACAGUAAAACAAAGCGAAAGGAUAUCCUCCAAUGGGCUUCAGACUACAAUCUCACUGGUUUUUGCCUGCCAGGGAAACCAGGAGUUGUUUGUUUGGAAGGAGACGAGUACAAUGUUGAAGAAUACUUUAGUCGCUUGCGUCGCCUUAACUGGAAAAAAAUAACCUGUAGACAUAGGGAAAAGGGAACAGCUGACAAGAGUGUUAAUGAACAAAGGAAAUUUACUGGGUUUGAUGAACUUUUUUUUGAAAUUCAUGGUACUAGAGAAAAUCAUAUGGACAUGGGACAGUUCCGACAUUACUUAGAUCAGCAUGAUCUAGGUUAUAUAUUUCAGAUUCUGUUUGGUAUUGAAGGUAAAAGUACCUCUGAUGGUUUAUAAUGGUCAGUGUUGUGGAGAGUUAAGCAAAAUUUUACACCUCAGACAAUCUAUGGAAGUAUUGAAAAAUCAUUGAUAGCUAUGAAUAACCCAUUGGUUAAUAGAUAUUUUCCUGUAUCUUGGUGUGAUAGUAAGUACAUUCAGCCAUGCAGUGUUUUAUGGUGUAAAAAAUUUUAUGAGGGAGUCACUGUAAUUGUGAGAUUUAUCUGUGGAAGGGACAAGGC